UUUAAAUUAUGAUCUACACUGAUCAUAAGUGAAAAAAAAAAAAACAAAAAAACAAAAAACAAAAAAAGCAAUGAAGUCAAUAAUUUACUGCCUGGGUGAUAAAAAAAAAUGGUCCUUGGUUGAUGAUUAGACAUUGUUAAUGCCUUAACUUUAGAAAAGGAUGACAAAAGCAGAGCACAAACGAAAGACGACAUUGAGAGGAAAAAAACUUUUUUACUGAGGGUUUUCACUGCCAACUUCCUUUGUACUGUAGGAUCCUCUUACAACAAAAGAAAUUUCAAACACUCUCCUUUUUUUCAUCAAUAUGAUUUGUGUAUUUAUGUUAUGAUCGGAAGCCAAUCACAAGGAUUUAAUACGCUUUAAGUAAAUUUAACUGUGAAAGUAAUACAAGCCACACUUGAGCUUUUUCCGUUUGAUCUACCUUAAAUUUUCACUCCAGAAGGACUGUAAAGCAAUUGUCUCUCAUAUGGCUUAGCUCGCUAGCGGACAAUACAAACCGGUGUCCCUGAGUGACUUAAAGAUCACUGAAAAGACAAUUUCAUCAAAUUAAUUCACAGGAGUGGAUAAAACAUGUAAACAAUAGUGGAUGACUUUGAAGAUUCGACACGCAAGUGGGCUGAGGCUCUUUUUAAAGUGCGUCUAUUUACAUUUAUUUUUUAUAGAUGACAAUGAGAAAGGGUUGACUUAGUUUGCCGAUCCCGUCGACUGAUCAUUCUCUGGUUUUGCUUCGACGCGGCUGGAGUUACGACAGAACUCUCACAUUCUGCUCUUCGUGAAGUGGGGCGACCAUUUCGAAAAGUGCUGACAUUCGGUUAAAUGGUUAGUGCCUUAAAGUUUAAUCUCUCCCUGACCGUGGACUGCAAUCUGAUUUGGUCAACAGAAUCAAAUCCAUCAUUUCACCGCGAAAAUCUUCGACAAAGGUCUUUCAUGCGGAGCCCGCUCUAGAAACAUUUAUACAUCUAUAGUACUUCGGCUUCUUAAACAAACAUCAACUGGAAGAAACCAACACAGCAUUCAUCCAGUGCAGUGAAAACAGUGUAUUUGAGGCCCUUGAUUUGAUCAAACAAGGAGACAACGCAACACUGAUUUGCAUUCAUUCGACGAAAACCAGGAAGACUUUCUAGGACGCUCAGUUUUCAGGAGUUAAAAGAGGGCUUCAAUAUGUCAAACAGUAACAAUUCCUCAGAUUUUGAGGAAGAUACUUCAGUUCAUCAUGUCUUACGAUCAAUAUCGCUUUUAUUCGUUUCCGUCUUCGGCACCGUUGGAAAUAUCCUUUUGUUUGCAGUCAUUUUACGAAAAGGGAGGAUCACCAACGUCACUAACCUAUUCAACCUGAAUCUGGCAGUGGGGGAUUUGAUCCGUAUUUUCGUGUUUAUACCGGUUUAUCUGCUUUACUCCGCGCAAAACGAAUGGCCUUCUGGACUGGGUUACGCAGGAUGCAAAACAGUAUUCAUGAUUGUACAGAGCUCCCUAACGGUUUCCAUAGUGACCUUGAUGUUCAUGAGCAUUGAAAGAUACCAGGCUGUAGUAAAACCACUAAAGAAACAGAUGACAAUUCGUUUAGCCAGGUUCUUGGUAAUUCUUUCGUGGAUUAUCGGAUUUCUCACAAGCAUCUGGUAUGCGCUGUCACUAAACCUAGUCGAGGACAGGAAUAACCGUGCUCAUUGCAUCCCCCACUCGAAAAAAACCUGGAUAACAAACGCCCUUCUCCUGCUCAUUCCUGCUACACAGUGGCUUCCCGGGGUAGUAUUCAUGGUGGCAUACAUAAAGAUAAUCCUAACACUGCGCAGAAAUGCCGUGAUUAAUCCAUCUGAUGUUUCCCAAAGCUCGCAAAAUCGUCAUCGAAGGAACAUGAGGGCGGUUCGCAUCCUCAUCAUAGAAGUGGUGAUAUUUCUGGGUUGUUUGUUCCCGUUUUAUCAACACAGCCUCCAAAUAAUUUUCAGUGAUGUUAGUGAGCUUGGUCCUCUGAGCGCGAAAGGAACCUUGGUAUACUGCUUGAUGAUGACGUAUGCACUGAUCAACCCUUUCUGUCAUAUUCUGUUGAACAGCGAGUUUAGGGAAGAAGUCCUCAAGAUGAAACAUCAGCUGACAGCCUUCUUUGGUGUGGAGAAUAAUCAUGUCAGUGAGUGCUCGCACUGUCAUCUACCAAGCCAGCAUUUACACCAUGAAGAAAUGCGAAACAGGCAGGAAAUAACAAAUUGAUACUUUCCGAGAACAGUAGUUAAUAAAAUUAAGUUCUUUUUGGAUAUUUAUACCUAAUCAUCCCUAGCUUUCUGGUACGCUUCGGCGGGAUAUCAGGCGAGUUUGAUCGAGCCGUGGUUCGUAUUCAGUGGCGAGACGCAGUCGAACCAAAAUAUCCAUGGCGAGACCAAAUUCGGUCAAGUGAGUAUGAUAUCGUUGGCUAAUUACGAAUCGGGCAACGGUAAUGACAAGAAUCAGGUCAGUGAGUGUUUGUAUCGUCAUCUCCAGGCCAGCACUUGUACCGUACCAAGACGGUGAGAAAAAAAAUACACAAAAAAAGUUAAGAAAAAAUAACAAGUAUAAUAAUUACAACAAAAAAAAGUGACGGGCUGUUGGCCAAAAUUGCCGUAUGAAAAACAGGGGGGAGAGAUAGCCUAAGUAACCAGUUUAAAACUUAGAAAUUUCAUUUAUUUAACACAAAAAGAAACUAGAUGCCUGGCAAUAUCCAAAUUCGUAAACAUCGAUCUGCAUCCCAUUUUCUUUAGCAGAUGAAUUUAUGACAAGUUUUUUUUACAUCUGCAAUGACAUCAAAACGAAUUCGCCUAUGUUUUUAAGCCCGUGUGAGUGGAUUCCACCUAGGCCUCCAUCUCCAUACAGGCAUGAUGUCAUUAUUUUGCUAACAGCUAGAAAAAUGCCAAAAAAAAAAAAUUAAUUUAUAUCUUAUUCGUAAAAGAGAUUUUAAUUAUAUGAGUUUUUAAUAUAAGUAUUAUCACCAUGACGCUAGCUAUAGCUCUUAAUUAACGGUUCCACCUUGGUACGUUGAUAGAGGGGAAUGGUUAUGAACACGACAAAAUUCUAUGUUGUAUGUUUUUGUUCGCUUUAGGUUUUGGCCUUGACCGUGCACAAAACACAAUUAUUGUUGUUUACUACCGACUGAGGAACUGACCAAUAGAAACGUUUUGGUUACGUAAUCAAUGCAAAGUGUAUGAGCGCAAAACAAAGGAUUGAAAAAGGUCGUGGAUCUUCCAACAUAAAUCUUGCAUCGUUGUUUGCUCUUUUGAUGAUAGCCGGGCAUCACAUCCAUUCCCGUCUAUUAACUGUGGUUCCACUUUAAUAGCAAGUGAGAGUUAGAGCUAAUAGGUUUUAACUUAGUAGGUUUAGGUAUCAACACAUAAAAUCAAUGAUAAAAUGACUAAAAUGAUGAAGAUACCAAGCAAAAACUGACUAGUAAAUAAUUCGCCGACUAUAUUAACUCGAAGUAAAACUAAUUUGUGUUUACUAAUUUCACCAUUCCCGUAGCGAACGAAAUGUACAUGUAAAGUACUUUGGAAUAACAUUUUACGGAAUCUAAGAAUUGUUAGCCGAUUUUCCCCCCUCGCACUAAGCAGGUUUUGCACGUAAAGUCAGUAAAGUUGCCAGAGGAGAAAAGGCUUUUGGAACAUUAACAAAUUUCCAUCAAAACAGAAACACCUGCAAGGUCUUGAAAAUGGGAAGAUAGAAUAUUUACACAAAAGCACUCUUGUCUGAUGUCUUUUUUUAUCUUGCAAUUCCAUAAUCACGUUUUACUCUAAGAUAGUGACAGUGACAUGACGAAAAUUGCUGUAAUUUUAAAAUAAAAUGGUGAGAAGCGAUGUUUUCUAAGAUGGUAAAGGAUUGUAGUUCGUUUUCACGAAGCGAUCCCCAAACUUCAAAUCGCAGUUUGCAAAUUACGUUUUGGCAAUACAUUUCGUUUUUAAAGUGUUUAGUUUUUGUUGUACAAAUACUUGAUUUCUUAUAAGACGCAGAGAGAAUUAUCCAAUUACCUCUCCGCAGGUACCAAUCCGCAGGUACCUCUAAACGCCAAAAUUCAAAUUGCCUAACUACGGUUGCUUGCUAACAUUAAUGACCAUUGACACGCUAUCAGCGGAACGACAGUUUCAUAAGAGUUGCGCUAAAAGUGUUAAUUUAGUUGUUGAUUGUAAAGAGGAAGAAGUCAGCAUGUUCAAAAUUACAAAAACAAACAAAGGAUGGGUACUAACAAAGGCUGAAGGGAUAGACAAAUAAUUACCAAGGAGUUUCUGCCAUUUUUUGUAGAAUUAAAAAACCACACUUGAAAUUAUUGUUAUUCCUAUCACGUUCCAUUUCUCUAAUUUUAUUUUUGGAAAGUGAUAUCAUGGACGGAAACCAGUGACAAGUGUUUAAUAAUCUUUGAGUAAACCCUCCUGAGAAAAUAAUUAAAUUUCCUACGCGAAGAGCGAAUUUGAAAGUUUUUCGUUUGACUUACACGUAAUUUCAGUUUAUCAGCACAUGCAAGUGUCUAAGUAUAAACUAAAAAAAAUUGGCACCGCAGCUUAGUUGUCAGCAAAAACUGGCAUUAUCAUAAAAAAAAAACCUCUCACUGCACUGUACUUAUGUGAGACAGAGCCGAUAAAGCAAUUGUAAACAAUGACUGACUUUGUCCAUUUGACAAUGCUGUGGGGUGGACCUACUUUAAAAGUGCGUUUAUUUUUCACUUUAUCGUUAGACAAAAGGCAAAGUUGCUGGAGGCUGUUUGGGCGCGUAAAACUGAUAAGAGAGAAUUGGGUUAUUUUUUCAAGUUUCCGCAGUCCCCUUCACUGUUUUUUCAUUGUUACAUGCUACGGCAAGACUCUCGUGUACAGAGGAAACUGUUUUGGCAUAAGUCAGUAAAAACUGCCGUCUCUUUGGAAAAACACCAGCAUUGGACUUUUUGGUUAUUUGCGUAAGGACUCUCCAAACGGAAACAGUGGAGACUGUGACAGAAUUUAAUCUAUAAAAGUUAAUAAUAUCUUUUUUAGUGCUUCAGUUGUUGAAGGUCUCUGUAAUCUUGAUGAUCAAGGAUAGAUUCAGUCUAGUAUGCUUCGUUCAAUUGACGCCAACGUCGGUUUACGGAGAUCACAAGGAGUUACAGUCAGAUAACUGACUGCAUUUAUCAACUAACAAAGAGGGCAGAGAAAACGUUCACUGAACAGACAGUGAAGUCAUUUUCAUUUCAUUGAAAGUAGUUUUCAUUCAUUUCACUCUGAUUGAAGAUGGGUAACAGCAGGGACUCAGCGCAUUUUGACGAUGAAGUUCAGCACAUGACAACAUUCAUCUGGCUUUCGUUCGUGUUUGUCUUCGGUACCGCGGGCAAUCUACUUUUAUUUGCGGCGAUUUUACGAAAAAGGAGAAUCACUAAUGUUACUAACUUACUCAACCUGAAUCUGGCAGUGGGAGAUUUGAUCCGGAUUUUCGUGUUUAUACCGGUUUAUCUAGCUCACUUCGAGUACCAUGAAUUUCCUCCAGGACUGGGUCUGACUGGCUGUAAAGUUGUAUUUAUGAUUGUGCAGAGCUCCCUAACGGUUUCCAUAGUAACCUUGAUGUUCAUGAGCAUGGAAAGAUAUCAGGCUGUAGUGAAACCACUGAGGAAACAGAUGACAAUUCGUUUAGCCAGGUACCUGGUUAUCGUUUCGUGGAUUAUCGGGCUAUUCACGAGCUUCUGGUUUGCACUGUCACUUAACCUUGUCACGGACAAGCAUGAUCUCGUUCACUGCACUUCCCAAUCGGAUAAAAGCUGGAAAACAAACGCACUUCUUUUGGUCAUCCCAGCCACACAGUGGCUUCCUGGAGUAGUGUUCAUGGCAACAUACAUGAAGAUCAUCUUAAGACUCCGUAGAAAUGGUGUGGUGAAGCCUUGUGAUGUCACCCUGAGCUCACAAAAUCGUCAUCGCAGGAACAAGAGAGCGGUUCGUAUCCUCGUCAUUGAGGUGGUGUUAUUUUUGGGUUGUUUGUGUCCGUUUUAUCAGCAUAGCUUGGCAAUGACGUUUGGUGACGUCAGUUCUACCGGCCCGCUGACCGUGGAAGGAAUGUUAAUAUUCUGUUUAAUGAUGACAUAUUCCCUGAUCAACCCUUUUUGUCACAUUGUUUUUAAUGCCGAGUUCAGAAGAGAAAUUUUCAAGAUGGUGUCUCAAAUCAAAGUAUUUUGCCGCCUGGAGACGAAUCGGGUCAGCGAGUGUCCGCAUUGUCACCUUCCAGGAACUCAUCUGUACCACACUGAAAUGCAAACAAAUCGGGAGAUAACAAAUGCUGUCCCAAAAUAGUAGCGAAUAUAAGUUUUCUUUCCUCUGGAGGAGAAAUCGUUCAGCCAGUAUUUACAUUGUCACUGCCAAGCCAGGACUUAUACCAUAAAGAAAUUACCCUGCAGUGCAUGCAGGCGUAUUUAAUUUGGGCACGCGAGUGCACAUUUUUGUAUUAGGUCGACAUCUUGGACUUGGCAACUGUGGAGGGUUGGGUGGAUGGAAAACUUGCCGAGGGAGUAUUGGAGGGCCUCUACCGGUCAAGCAUUUAAUUACAAUCCAAGAAAACCCAGGUUAUCGAGCGUUCCGUUCCUUAAAAAUGCCUGCAAUGCGAGCUUAAAGAAAUGGGAAUGGGAUAUAAAUAAAAUCGCGAAAGUGAUCCUUAGGACAGGAAGAGGAGAUGAAGACAGUUCGUUUUAGCAGUCUUCUUUUCCUAUCCACACUAGACUUCAUGUUGCUUGCUAAACUGCUCAUGAAACAAUUGUUUUUAGCCGUAUCUUUACUGAUCCCAUUUCUAGUUUUCUAAUGCGUACUUUCAGUUACUGGUGUGGUGAUCUUGUAACUUUACCAAUUUCAAUGUGUUGGGCCGUUUUUGGCAUUUAUUGUCAUAGUUUCCUAGCUGCUUGUUAGUGUCCUAUCCCGCCUGUUUAGUAGGAAAAGGAUUUUCUUCUCUUGUCGGGUCGGGAAUUUAAAAGUUUUAAGUUACUGUUUGAUACAUAAAGUUUGAAAUGUUGGUCAAGCACGGAUCGAUUUGAGAGAUGUUCACUGAAAUCUUUAAAACUGAGUUAAAAACUGACACUUGCCCGCAGGAGUAUUUCAAUAUAGCAUUGACCAAACAAACCCAAGAAUAAAAUUCUUCGAACAUCAAGUGGC